CCAUAAUGUGACUUAAAAUUAAAAAAAAUAAUAAUUCCGAAUGCUGUAGUGAGAAUAGACUGUAAAGAAGACCAAUUAGGUGGCUAUUGCAGUAAUUCAGUUAAGGGAUUAUGAUGUCUUGGAUCAAGGAGGUAGUGGUGGAGAUGAUGAUAAGUGGUUGGAUUCUGUAUCUAUUUGGGAUGCAAAACUUUCAGGAUCUGUUGAAGGUUUGGAUAUGGAUUGUGUGAGGGAGAGAUGUCAAGGAAAACUAGGGGUUUCAUCCUGAGCAGCUGUCAGGAUGAAAUUACUAUUUACUGAGAUAGUGAAGAUGGUGGAAGGAGUAGAUUUGGAAAGGGGAAGAUCAGGAGUUCAGUUUGGGGCAGAUUAAGUUUUAUUUAUCUAAUCAACAUCCGAGAAGAUAGUACGAGAAAAAGUGUCUGGAGCUCAGAGAAGGGUUCUGGGCUGCAAAUAUAAAUCUAAGAGUUGUUAGCCUAUAGAUUUAAAGCCAUGAGACUGGAUGGACUCAUCAAGGGGUUGAAUAUAGACAGAUAAAAGAAUAAAUCCUAAAACAGCCCCAGGAUAUGUCAGUAUUACAGAGGCUGAGAAAAAGGAGGAGAAUGCUAAGAGAUUGAGAAGGAUUAAUCAGUAAACCAAGGAAGAAAACUAUGAGGGUGUGAUAACUUGAAAGCCAGGUGAAAAAGAAAUGUUCCAUUGAGGGCAGACCAUCUGUGUUAAAUCCUACUGACAGAUCAAGUAAGAUCUCCUGCUCUGAGGGAAGCCAUGUACAUCAUUAGCAGUUCUAUAAAGAGGAUCACAUGGCAAGAAACUGAAACAUUCUGCCAGCAGCCCUGUGAAUGAACUUGGAAGUAGACCCUCCAGCCCUAAUCAAGUCUUCGGAGACUGUACUCAGCCAACAAUUGACUGCAACCUCAUAAGAGACCCUGAGCCAGACCACCCAACCAGAAACUACUAUGGAAAUGAUGUUAAACAAAAAAAAAAUGCAAGCAGUUUUCUUAUUCGAGUUCAAAAUGGGCUGCAAAGCAGCAGAGACAACUUGCAAUAUCAAGGAUGCAUUUGGCCCAGGAACUGCUAAUGAAUGUACAAUGCAGUGGUGGUUCAAGAAGUUUUGCAAAGGAUUGCCAGGCGCAGCAGCUCACACCUGUAAUCCCAGCACUUUGGGAGGCCAAGGCAUCCGGAUCACUUCAGACCCCCUGGAGGGGGUGAACAUCACCAGCCCCGUGCGCCUCAUCCAUGGCACCGUGGGGAAGUCGGCUCUGCUUUCUGUGCAGUACAGCAGUACCAGCAGCGACAGGCCUGUAGUGAAGUGGCAGCUGAAGCGGGACAAGCCAGUGACCGUGGUGCAGUCCAUUGGCACGGAGGUCAUCGGCACCCUGCGGCCUGACUAUCGAGACCGUAUCCGGCUCUUUGAAAAUGGCUCCCUGCUUCUCAGCGACCUGCAGCUGGCCGAUGAGGGCACCUAUGAGGUCGAGAUCUCCAUCACCGACGACACCUUCACUGGGGAGAAGACCAUCAACCUUACUGUAGAUGUGCCCAUUUCAAGGCCACAGGUGUUGGUGGCUUCAACCACUGUGCUGGAGCUCAGCGAGGCCUUCACCUUGAACUGCUCCCAUGAGAAUGGCACCAAGCCCAGCUACACCUGGCUGAAGGAUGGCAAGCCUCUCCUCAAUGACUCGAGAAUGCUCCUGUCCCCCGACCAAAAGGUGCUCACCAUCACCCGUGUGCUCAUGGAGGAUGACGACCUGUACAGCUGUGUGGUGGAGAAUCCAAUCAGCCAGGGCCGCAGCCUGCCCGUCAAGAUCACCGUAUACAGAAGAAGCUCCCUUUACAUCAUCUUGUCUACAGGAGGCAUCUUCCUCCUUGUGACCUUGGUGACAGUCUGUGCCUGCUGGAAACCCUCCAAAAGGAAACAGAAGAAGCUAGAAAAGCAAAGCUCCCUGGAAUACAUGGAUCAGAAUGAUGACCGCCUGAAACCAGAAGGUGAGCUCCCAGCCACCCAUUCACCCAUCCCAUCAACACUCAGAUCAGUGGGCUGCUGGGAAAAGGCAGAACUGGGCGACAAGGAAAACAGCUCUGCAGGGACCCUUCCCCCACCAACUGCACGAAGACUGCAGAGGAGGGAGAGGUUUGGCCAAGCAGACACCCUCCCUCGAAGUGGUGAGCAGGAACGGAAGAACCCCAUGGCACUCUAUAUCCUGAAGGACAAGGACUCCCCGGAGCCCGAGGAGAACCCGGCCCCGGAGCCUCGAAGCGCGACGGAGCCCGGCCCGCCCGGCUACUCCGUGUCGCCCGCCGUGCCCGGCCGCUCUCCAGGGCUGCCCAUCCGCUCCGCCCGCCGCUACCCGCGCUCCCCAGCGCGCUCCCCAGCCACCGGCCGGACACACACGUCUCCGCCCAGGGCCCCGAGCUCGCCCGGCCGCUCGCGCAGCGCCUCACGCACACUGCGGACUGCGGGCGUGCACAUAAUCCGCGAGCAAGACGAGGCCGGCCCGGUGGAGAUCAGCGCCUGAGCCGCCUCGGGACCCCCUGAGAGGCGCCCGCGGUCUGCGGCCAGUGGCCCGGGGGAGGGCUGGGGCUGGGAAGCCGGGGCGCGGCGCGCUGGGGGCGAGGGGAGGUCGCGGCGGGGCGCUGGUGUCUCGGGUGUGGACGUGUAUGAGCAUGCGCAGACGGAGGCGGGUGCGCCGAGGCCGCAGUGUUGAUGUGGUGAAACCUGGUCGCAUUUGCUUCCGGUUUACUGGCUGUGUUCUCACUUGGUAUAGGUUGUGCCCUCUUAGGACCACAUAGAUUAUUACAUGUCUGGCCCAAUACUCAAAAGGGUUUUAUGGAAACUAACAUCAGUAACCUAACCCCCGUGACUGUCCUGUGCUCUUCCUAGGGAGCUGUGUUGUUUCCCAUCCACCACCCUUCCCUCUGAACAAAUGCCUGAGUGCUGGGGCACGUUUUUUUUUUUGCAAGCUUAGAUUAGAGAGGCCACUUUCCCAAAAUCCACAGCUGCACUAAGCUAAGGAGAAGCCAGAUGCCGGUUACGCGGUGUGCAGGAGCUGUGCUGAGCUGGGGGGUCAUUGUGAAGGCCUUCUUCCCUGGGCAUCUGGUACCUGGGGACCUACAAAGUGGUGAGGGAAGGGUAUAAGUACAUUCCUUUUCCCUCUGACCUGGGCCCUAGCAAGGGCAAAGAACCCGAGCCUGCCAGCUUGGCCUCCUCCCAGAGCCUCCCUCAGAGGCAUGCCAUGCCAAGCAUUCCUUCUGUCUCUGUUCAUGAAUAAAAGAGAUGGAUGGGCUUAUUCUUAUAGAGGAGUGAAUUUCACUUACUCCCCUGGCCCAGAAAACCAGACCAAGUGAGGAACUGUUUUAGCUCAUCAAACUCAUAUAUUCGUCCUGGCUUCCUUACAAAACAAGCCUUUCAAACAAUCAUUGUCCUCAGGAAAGUUGUUGAGCUUCCUCCAGCUGUGAGAAUAAGUCCUAAUCUCCAGAGAAAUGGUGGGGGGAGCGGGGGAGGAGGAGGCUUAUUGCUUCCCAGCAUUUCAGGGGAACAUUAUCCAACCUCUGGCCUCCUGCCACCCAUCUGCCCUGCUCCCACAUGCUCAGGUCCAAGGGCACAGAAAAAGGACAGACUCCCUAAUCACACUAACAUCAAAAUAAAGAGGCUGGGCCACUGUGUAGCCAGGACAUGCCCAUGCCACCACCUAUUGAACAGUUCAUAGGAGUGGCAGUAAUCUACUACGUGAGGAGAGAGGGCAAUUAAAAAGCUGAAAGAGAAGGAGGCCCUCUGUGUAUUCUGUCCCCUCCUCCUUAAUGCCUCCAAGCAUCCUUGCAUCCCUAGCCUCCUAAACUCCAGCUCUGAUUCGCCAUCAACCCGUGGAUCAAUUCCAAGGCCCCUGUUACCCAUCACCUCCACACCAGGUCAAGUUUUGUCUCAGCCCCAAAGGCACUGACAUUUCUAGUUUGCCCCCUCUGCCCUGACCCCAACAGCAUGCCUGUCUCAGCUCCCUAUCCCUCGGCGCUUCCCCAGGCUCAUUUGAGCAGGUGUGCCUUCACAGCUCCCCUAAACUUCCCAGGUGCCUCAUCCAUAAUGAUAUAAUGCAUGUAGGGGAAAAGUUUCUCAGGAAGGUGGAAGAGGCAGCAGGACUUGGAUAAGGAGUACCUGCUGGUCAGCCUUGAGAUGCACAGGUGAAGGUUAGGGUGAGAUGAGAACAUGCCAUACCCUGGUGCUGAAUCCUUGAGGGGCCAGCUUGCCAGGCUUAAGCCAAAUCUGCCUUAAAUUGUGGGUGGGGAGGGGUAAGUAAGGAAGUGGGGUUUGUUUGUGUUGUUUUCAUCUUCAUCUUUGUAUUACUAGCAUCCAGCAGAGUGCCUAGCACAUACUGGAUGCUCAAUAAACUUUUGAUGAAAUGAAA